AUGGCAAGCCUUUACCGCCUUUGCCAGGUAUUGGCCUGUUUGCUGCUGCUAGCGCACUCCGCUUCCGCCCUACACAUCCCAUUCAAAGCAAAGCGUGUUGCCACUGAACCUCCAAAUCCAGCGGCCGCUUCUUCAACAUUUUCCUACUACCAGCGCCCAGCACAUAACUCUUACCGGCCUUAUUACCACAAUUCAAAACGCCAAAUCUUUUCUGCAAAUACUUCAACUCCUGCCCCUUCAUCAGAAUUCCUUUCAACUUCUUCAAGUGAAGAAUAUACUAUUGGAACUACCUUCCAAUCACCAAUAUACACUUCUUCUACAGAAGAUUCGAUAUAUGAAUCAACAACAGAUGAUUCAUCCCCCGUCACUCAAGAAUCUUCUCAAUUAUCUCCCUCAACUUCUUCAGCAUUCACUUCAUUAACUUCUUCUUUACCAAUAUACACAACUUUCAGCAUACCGCUAUCGUCAAGUAUCUCCGAGUAUCUUUCCUCUCAGCAGCAAGAGGAACAAACUCCUUUGACUUCUUUUUCACAAAUCUAUUCAAGCAUUUUACUUUCAGAAUCACAAGAUUCUUUUGAGUCUUCUAUUGUGACUUCAACAUCCUCCUCCUCCAUCUCCUUAUCCACUUCCACUUCAUCUUCUUCUCCGCAAGAAGCAUCGGAAACUUCUCCUGAACUAGUCUCGGAAUCAGUCUCUCCUUCUGAAUACAUUUCUGAGUCUACUCAAUCUUCUUCUUCUUCUUCCUCCUCCUCCACCACCACUGAAGAAACCCCUCUCACAACCUUCUCCCCAUUGGAAUCUCUUGUUUCUCAAAAUGAAGAGUCUUCCAUUUUCACAACUUAUACUCCUACCUCCAAGGAAGAACCUCUUCUAUCUAGCAGUAGUAGCUUAGCUCAACAAGAAGAAAAAGCGUCACAGUCCUCUUUAAGCGGCUCUUCUUCUUCUCAAAUCACUUCUCAAACAUCCUCUGAGACAUUCCUGCCAUUAUCAGAAGAGUCUCUGCUGCCUGAGUCGUUGUCGUCAUCAUCAUCGUCAUCGUCAUUGCAAUCGACUCAAUCAACAGAGUCUCUACAACAAUCUGAAGCUACUCCUUCAGUUUACACAACUUAUUCCACAUCUCAAGAAGCAAUUGGCACCUCUACCAAUACAGAUGAACUGCUUUCUUCAUUUUUGGAGCCAACAGCUACUACCGCCACCACUUCAGCCACUGAAUCUGUAGAGCCCUCAGCCGUCGAGUCCCAGGCAACAAUUGCAAGUGAGCCCGUCGUUGACACUACUUCUACUCCAGAAGUCAUUGGCUCUACAAUUGCCAGCGAGCCUAUUAUCGACACUACUUCUUCCACUCUAGCUGCUGUCGACACUAACACACUUGCUAGCGAGCCUGUUGUCGACACCACUACUUCUACUCCAGAAGUUAUUGGCACCACUAUUGGAAGCGAACCUGCUAUUGACACCACCUCCACUUCUCCAGAAGCCAUUGGCACCACUAUUGCUAGCGAGUCCAUUGUUGAUACUAACACCCUUGCUAGCGAGCCUAUUAUCGACACUACUUCUUCCACUCCAACUGCUGUCGACACUAACACUCUUGCCAGCGAGCCAGCUGUAGACACUAAUACUCUUGCCAGCGAGCCAGUUGUCGACACCACUACUUCUACUCCGGAAGUCAUUGGCACUACGAUUGGAAGUGAGCCUGCCGUUGAUACUACCACUUCUUCCCCAGAAGAUAUCGGCACAACUAUUGGCAGUGAACCUAUCGGAAACACUGCCUCCACUGUCAAUACCGAGUCUGCCUCGCCCACUAGCACACAAAUUGACACACUAGCUCCUACUGAGGCAACCGGAUCCCAGGAAGUCACCCAGUCUGGUAUUGACACUCAAACUGACUUGUCUUCUCCUACUGAUACACAGACUGCUGUUGAUACUCAAACCAACCUUUUUUCUCCUACAGACACUCAAACCACUCUCCCCAUCUCCACACAACUUACUUUCGAGACCCCUAGCACUGUUGCGCCCACUCAGGAAAUAUCAAUUGGCACCACUUUCGGUACCACCUCAUCUGUCAUCCCUGUCUCUUCUCCUGAAGAGUCAAUUGGCACCUUUUUUUCUGCCCCUGAGGAAUCGUUCUCAAGCCCUGGUCAAGAACCCACUAAUACUCCUGCCACCACGACGGAGUAUACCCCUGUGGUUUCUCCCGAGUCCACGGCAGAACAAUUCACUUCUCCAGUUGAGUCUGGUUUCCCUCCUUCCUACUCCACAAAUAUCGAAAUCUCUGCAGAAAGUGUCUUUGAUUCUUCAACCCAAACUUCCUUCACUGCGCCUUUGUCUACCCCAAGUCUUAUUUCCACCUUUUCCUCCCAACCUUCCUCUGAUCUGACUUCCACUCCAGCAGCUACCAUCAUCUUUACUACAAACACUGACUUGACUUCAGAACUCCCCCAGGAAAGUAUUAUCACCACAUCUUUCUCCCCUGAGACUACAGCUUCUACUGAUAUUGUCUUCAAUACCAAUUCAGUUCUUUCAGACACCACGUCUCUUGAAGCCACCACUGACCAGCAGGCUUCAGUACCUCUUUCCACCCAAACAACCGAGCAACUUGGUUCUUCCUCCUCCUCUUCUUUCACCUCUAACCUUUUUGCCACACCAACUGAGUCUACGGUAGAAAUCACACCCUCUGCUACUGUUAUCUCCAGCUCUCUUACUGCCUCAGAAGUUGGUCCAUCAUCCAGCACCCUUACUGGUUCUGUUUCUGACUCAACUUCUCUUGUGGCCCCCAUAUCAUCCACUGGUUCGGGCAUUGUUUCUACCGACUCUUUGGCUACUGAAUCUGCUACUGGCUCGGCCACCACAAGUGCCCUUACAGAAUCAGCAACAGGUUCUGUUUCUACUUUCCCUGUAACUGAUUCUGCAACAGGCUCUGUCGCCACCAGCGCCAUUUCAGGAACCGCGUCCAGUAUUGCUACUGGGCCAGUCACCGACUCACUGACUGGAUCAGUUACCGGAUCAGUUACUGACUCGGUUGCUGAAUCCUCUACUAGUGCUGCUACUGGCUCCGUUACUGGAACCAUUACGGGCUCUGUUUCGAGCUCGGCUACUGGGCCAGUCACUGGGUCUGCCACCGGAUCUGCUGUGGAGUCUUCUACAGGAUCAGUUUCUGGGUCAACUAUUGGAUCAGUCACUGGUACUGGCUCUGUCACUAGCUCAGCUACUGGUUCAGCUACUGGUUCAGCCACUAGUUCAGUCACUGGUUCAAUUACCGGUUCAAUUACCGGUUCAAUUACCGGUUCUACUAGUGCUGCCGGCACUGGAUCCAUUACUGGCUCUACUACAGGUUCUUUUGCCACUAGCGCUGCCACUGGUUCUGCCACUGGUUCUGCCACUGGUUCUGCCACUGGUUCUGCCACUGGUUCUGCCACUGGUUCUGCCACUGGUUCUGCCACUGGUUCUGCCACUGGAUCCACCACUGGAACUGUUACUGGCUCUGUUACUGGAUCUAUCACUGAGUCUGCCACCAGCAUUGCCACUGGAUCAUCUACAGGCUCUGUCUCUGGCACUGGAUCUUCCACAGGCACUGCUGCCACUGGCUCUAUUCUUGGAUCUUCCACAGGAUCUGGUGCUCUUAGAGAGUCUGCCACUAGUAUCCCCAUUGGAACGGCUACUAGCGCUCUCACGGAGUCUGCCUCUAACUCGCCCUCGGGUACUGUUGCUUCUGUUGCCUCUUCCGGCUUGUCAGUGUCUGGUGUGUCCGACACUGCUACUGGAACUGUUGCUACAGUUGAGCCAACAUCUAUCACCCCGACAGAGAUUUUUACUACACCUUCUGUCACUGGACCCAGCUCUUUCCGCACUGUUAUUGGAACCACUGAUCAGGCUCCAAUUACUGACCAGCCAGCUACUUCUUCUUCUUCGACCAGUUCAACAUCGGUUCCUCUUAGCGCCUGGCUUCCACAAUCUAUCAUUACACAGUCCAGUGAGCCCACAUCAGACUCUUCAGUUAUUGCGACCACUACGACGGGAACGCCAACGCUUGCGUCUUCGCUUCCCCGAGUUAUUGCUCCAUCUGGUGGCAUUCCUGAGACCCCUGAAGAUUCCACUUUGAUUCAAAUUGGCUUUGGCUAUUCUCUCAACUAUCCCUUUAUCGUUGCCCACCCUCUUUCGGUCGCCCAAAUUUUCAACUACUUGCCGAUCGGUCUUGCUUACGGCCUUAGCAUUGACUCGGGCAAUGUAUCCAUGCGCAGCAUUGAGCCCUACCAGUCGUCGAGUGCUAGUUAUGUUGUUUCUGUUGCCAUGGCUUAUAUACCCACCGAGUACGUUUCCACGCUUCAGUCGUUGAUUCAGAACUCCAACUCUCAGCUUUAUCAAAAUCCCAACGAUAGUGUCAACACUUUAAUGAAUCUCAUUGAUUCUACCAUUCCCCUGAUACCUGGCAAUAGCGAUUCAACCGCAACUACCAGCACAGGAACAGCAGCGACCGGCACAACCGCGUCUGGCGAAUCGAAGCCAACGCAAGCUGAUGCCGGCCCAGUGGCCAACCGAGCCGGACUAGAGGACUCUGGCUCGCUUGACCAACCGACACAAGCCACUACGCCUGUGAGUGGGCGGACGGCCGGAAUUGCAGUGGGUACCGUGACGGGGGCCCUUGCAUACGCCGGGCUCAUGUUCCUUGCGGCGAAAAAGUACCGCAAGAAGAAGAAUGGCAUUGAGCUAGAUGGUCGUGACUCACCAUACCUGGCGACAGGUGGUCCUGAGUACAUGGCUGGUGUUGGCGGCUCUCCGGGAUACAACAGCCGCUUGAGUCCGACGUCGCUGCGUGGCGGGCACAUUCCGCGGGAGCAAAUCUCGGAGCCAGUCAUGAGUGAAAACUCGCUUGGCUGGACAUGA